AUGAGAAUUGAAACAGUUAAAACUUACACGUUCGUUAUUUUCUUAUUCUUUUUGACUGGGUCUCUAACCUUGCCCAUAAAGCCUCAAGAUGUAGAUGAUUUCAGCAUCACUCAGAAAUUUAUAGAGGAGAAAUUUGGAUAUAUCACCACCGUUGCCUUUGCUCAAUAUAUUCAGGAGGCAUCCUCUGAAGGAGUAGAAAUGUUAGUGAAAGCUGUGACAGAAUACAAAGAUCAAUGCUUGGCUAAUGUGAUAUUCCCAUAGUGUUCAAAAUUAUCGAAUGAUGCUUUACUGGAAGUGAUGUGUGCUAGGGAGGAGCUACCACAGAAGCAUAAUUUUUCCCAUUGCUGCAGUAAGGUUGGCUUUGAAAGAAAACUCUGUUUCUUUCGUAAUGGGAAAGCUAAUGUAGGGUUUCUGCCUCCUCUUCCUACUCUGGAUCCUGAAGAGAAAUGCCAGCCUUAUAAAAGUAACCUAUAUCUCUAUGAAGUUUCCAGAAGGAACCUCUUUGUUUUCACCCCCACACUUCUAACAGUCACUGUUCGGUUUGAGGAGAUAACUAAAACACGUUGCAGAGAACAAGACAAAGCCAACUGCUUUCAAACAAAGGCACAACCUGUCAUACAAUAUUUAAAAGCAUUGUCUUCUUAUCAAAAAACUGUCUGUGGGGCAUAUUGGAAAUUUGAACCUCAAGUCUUAAAAUCUUUAAGCAUUGCUGUACUUAGUCAAAAAUUCCCCAAGAUUGAGUUUAAGGAACUUACCUCCCUCCUAGAAGAUGUUUCUUCCAAGUAUGACGGCUGCUGUGAAGGGAAUGUUGUGCUGUGCACCCGUGACGGGAGCAAAGUUAUGAGCUAUAUUUGUUUAAAACAAGAUUCCAUGUCUGGCAAAAUCAAAGACUGCUGCGAAAAGAAAAUACCAGAGGAUGGCGAGUGCAUAACUUACUCGAGCAAAGAUGAUUAAUUUACUCAAGCAAAGGAUUUAUCUCUAAGAGAAGCAAAAUUCACUGAAAGUGGAAAUGUGUGUGAAGAAUGCAAUGCUGACCAAGACAGCUUCAUGGAUGAGUUUCUUUCUGAAUACUCAAGGAGACAUCCAGAACUGUCUACACCAGAGCUUUUAAGAAUGGCUAGAGUGCACGAUGAUCUCCUGAAAGAGUGUUGCAAUGCAGAAAACGCUCCAGACUGUUACAGUAAUGCGGAGGUAGAAAAUAUGAUUGACCAAUCUGAGUCGACUUUAAAUUCACCGAGAAAUCAUCAUUGGGAAGACCAACAUUAUCCAUUUGGGUACUCUGUAUUUUAUUGGGCCACUUUAUUGCUUCAAUAAAGAGGUAAUUAUAUUUAUUUUCCACUGAAGUUCAACUGGUAUUUCUGGUUAAAUAAAAUAAAACAGAACUCCCCAUAGGAUCCUGCUUCCUCCCAACAACGUCUCCGAAGUCCACGCUUAACAGCACAAUUUCUACACGGCUAAUAUGCAGCUGUCUGUGAUAGGAUUUUGGCACUGUCUCCUCGGUGACAACGUGGUAUAAGAAAAGAUGUCAGAAAAAUUCAGGUUCUGAUGCCACCAGUCUUGGCCAUGUAACUUCAAAUGAACUGCAGUUCAACAUCUAUAAAUGAGGCUAGUGAUCAUUAUCCUUCCUUUAUACCAUUAGUUCUUACCCUUCUGUUUUGAAUCAACCCUUCUGUUUCGAAUCAAGAAGGGAAGAAGAGUUCUUACCCUUCUGUUUUGAAUAAUCUUAAUACAACCAACAUCCAAACUGACUUGCAAAGGAAAUUAAUCAGCUCCAAGGGGAGAGGAAAAAGAAGGGUGUGAGUAUGUGAAGUCUUUCGGGGGUCCCAUCUUCAUGCACCUUGUCCCAACAUCCCUCAGUUGAGAAUACACGUAUGUGAAGUGAGGAAGUGGGAGGUAAGGGUAGAGGAAGAGGAAGAAGGAGAUGUAUUCCUGCUUGUUCUCUCUCCAGUGACUGUGGUCUGUGAUUGACUCACGCCCCCAUUCCAGGAUUCUCAGGUACCUGUGAAUGCCAACCUCAAUGGAUGGCUCCUUGGAAGUACUUCUUCAUUCUUUUCCAACUUUCUUUCUCAAUUUCUUUCCUAGCAACACCCACUCCACUCCACUCCAGACUCACUCACAAUUCACGUGCACACACGUACUUUGUGCACACUUGCAUACUUCAUGCACACAUGCUCACACAUGGAUUUCAAUCUGGUUGAGAGCCGUCUACUUUUUCCAAGUGAAUGCUUAGUCUGUGAGAAUUAUUAUUAUUUUUUGGUACAUAUUAUUAGGGUUUUUUUAAUAGGCUUAAUGUAAUUAGAGGGUAUUAAUACUUAGUAGCAUUUAGCUGAGUGAGUGUGUACAUUGAAGCCAUUGUAAGGGAGGGAUGAAUUCAUAGGCAAUUGAUAAAAGGCUGGGAGCCUGAAUUCAAGUUCACUUGAAGAAAGAGUGCUGUUCACUGUCUCCCUGUACCCUAUGUGAGUGGUUUAAUUUUUCUUUCCAAAAUUCAAGGCAUCAUGCUUCUCUAAAUUUAAAUAACGUCUUAAAUUUUUCUUCCUAUAUGUAUGUAUGUAUGUAUGUAUUUAUUUAAUUUUAUUUUCCCCUCUCAGGGUCUAAAAUUGGCAGACAAAAGCCAGGCUAUUUGAGAAACAUAAAGUAAAAACUACCAAAGAUUGUGGAGAAAAGAGAGGAAGACCAAUUUACCUGCUUUCAUCUGUCCUGUGGUGAAUUUCAUUUUCUGCGAAGAACACAGUAAAAAGAUUCUUUUGGAACAUUUACCUGAAAUUAUGUUACUGCAGCAAGCAAUAAACAACAAAACUAUAAAGCUAUUUCUCAAAGACUAAUGUCAUGUAUCAACUUGAUAGCAAAACUAAGCAAUCAAGAGUCUUUCAUUCCAUCAGCAUUUUGGCUCACUGGCUAGUAAAUAAACCUAACUCUAUGGAAGGCAGGACUUGAAACAGCAAUUGUGGGGGCAGAAUCCUCCCAAAUCCUGUUCUUGCUGCUACUGGGAAGGAAACGGGGCGUUGAAGGCAUACAACUACUAUUACUAUUACUAGCUGGCACUGAAUGUUUUCAAUGUACCAAACACGGUCCUAGCUUCUUUUCAUGCAUUAUCUCACUUAACCCUAACAACUCUGAAGUAGACAUCAUUUCUAUUCCUGCUUUACAAACUGGGAAUCUGAGGCGAGGGGAGAUACACUAACGUGUUCAGUGUCAUAUGACUAGUAGUUGGCAGGACUAAAGUUCGAGUUCUCUAACUCCAUUACAACAG